AUGAAUAGAAAUAUUGCAAGAAGAUUAAGAAUUGCCAGCAGUGAAACAGAUGUGGAAGAACAGACAAUCGAUAUACCUGUAGUAAAUAAUACAGAAGCGAGACAGCAAUUAAUAACUAGUAUGGAAAACGUAGCUCUAGACAUAAUUCAACAAAUAUGUAAUGGUUGUCUACCACAAGUUUCAUAUGUCUCAUCAGAAGAUUUAGUGAAUACGGAAAAUGUUGAAUCAUUUUUUGACGAAUCUAAUCAAGAACCCGAAUAUGCGUCAGUCACGACCCUGACGAGCUUCGCUAACAGAGGAAGUAGAGACAAGUUUACUUUGAUGAUGGUCGUGAUGGCCGCGGCGCAUCGUUUGUUAAUUACGAAUUGUACGAAAACUAGACGUUCUCUUUAUUACGAUUUGAAGAACGAGAAGACUGGUCACUUAGUGCCAGAUCAGAGGAAGUUGGAUCAGACAGUGAAAUGCGUUGCCAAUUUAAUGAAUUGCGCCCCAUGGGAACUUAAUUUAUUGUCAACGAUGAAAGGAUUAGCGGCCGGUGAAUUAAAGCUCACGAUGAAUGACAAUAAGAUCGUCGAUUGCACAGUGCCGGGAGGUGCGCUCAUUCCUCUUAUGUCAAACAUAAUUUCCGUCCGCGCCAGGGCGAAACUAGUGUUGGUCGUCGAGAAGGAUACUGUCUUUCAGAAAUUGUUAGAGGAUGGUUGUACCUCCGUCUUGAAAUGUGUCCUUGUUACGGGAAAGGGCUAUCCGGACGUGGCCACGAGAAUGUUCGUCAAGUUUCUGUCCGAGAGACUGAAGCUUCCAGUUUAUAUAAUUGUGGACGCGGAUCCUUUCGGAGUGGAAAUCAUGUGUGUCUAUCGUUUCGGCUCGACUGGCUUGUCCAGAGAGCGAGAGAGCUUGGUCUGUCCGAACGCUCGGUGGCUAGGAAUACAUCCGUCGGAACUUCUCGCACUGGGAGUGAAUACUGUUCCAUUAACGGCAAUUGAUUUAUCGAGAUUAACAUCUCUCGAAGGAAAGCCUUAUAUGACUAAUGCGAUCCUCAAGGAACUCGAAGUUAUGCGAAAUGGAAAAGCUGAGAUAGAGAACCUGUCCCCGUCCUCUAGAAAAUUUCUGGUCGCCACUUACCUGACUUGCAAGAUCAAAGGAGAUGAUUGUAUUUAA